AUGAAGCUGCUGAUAUCAUUCUUUAGGAGACUUAGGUCAGUUUUGGUUCUGUGCGUCACAGUUUCGGUGCUGCUGUACUACAGAUUCCAAAAUGAGGUAAACACCCUUAACUCGUACGCUGAAACUGAGUCACUACCGCAGAUAAACAAGCAAGGUCCGGUUGUACCCAAUACAGCAUUUUUGGCUGGCCAAGAUGCUCACAAUAACUUGGGGUCGCUGCCUAAUGCUGCGUCACCAGUGGUCUUGGAUGAAAAACUGCGAGAUCCCAAAGUUUUGUUGGACAAGAAUCGGUAUUUCCCACUGAUUCAUAAGCAGAAAGAUGUUUUGUCUAUCUACCCGGAGCUAGAGUUUGAUACCCGGGAAGAAGCCACAACAUCGAAACCUCAGUACGCUGCGCGGUAUGCAGCUUCAUUCAAAAACCCAUUAACUGCCCAUAAAGCGGCCAAAUCAAUGCCCCGACUUCAAUCUUUGAAUUUUCAUGCGGCUGAGGAAUCGAAGUUUACAGAGCAAAUGGCCUCAACGGUGCGAGACCAUUUCCUGUCCUCGUGGAAAGCAUAUAGCAGGCUUGCUCUGGGGAGUGAUGAAGUCAAGCCAAUUUCUAGAAACCCGACUUCUAACGGCUUAUCUCGGGCUACGACAAUGCUAGAGUCUCUGGACAUGCUGUACAUGUUGAACCAAACGCACGAAAUUUCCAAAGUUCUAACUUUCAUCUCCAACAUGGAUUUUACACGGUCAGAAGAAUCGCUAAUUGACGUCUCCCAGAGCACUCAGCGCAUAUUAGGCGCCCUGCUGUCCAGUUACGAGCUCUCUGACUAUAGAGAUGGCAUUCUUCUCACAAAAGCCACCGAACUGGCAGAUUUUUUAUUGGAGUCAUUUAACACUCCUAAUCGCAUACCACUAUUGCAUUUCCCCUGGAGAUCCAAACUGAACAAUCGAUUCCCUUUUCAAGACUCAAGUAUAGGUGAGCUGGGUUCCCUUUCCGUCGAGUUUCUUCGAUUAUCGCAAUUGAAAAAAGAUGAAAAAUAUGCUAAAGCUGUCGCACACAUCUACGAGACCGUUUUUGAUUCAUUGGGACAGUUCGACAUAGACUUUCUCUUGCCCACACACGUCGACGCCACAGGCUGUCAACUGAUACCCAAAGAGCGACUGGAACAGGGUGAACACGUCAAAGUCAACGUCAUGAAAAGUAUUUUGGACGGAAAAUACGUUCAUUGCUUACAGACAGACAAAUUCACGGCCAUCCCUGGCACAAGAAGCUUGAUCACCGCUGAUAACAAGAGCUUGCCCUUCUAUAGCAAUAUGAUCAAGUUUUACCAGCUUUCGAAUGGCGCGGACACCUCUGGUGACCUUCAAUUUUCAAAGUUCCUGGUCAAUAGCUUUGAUAGAAUACGCAGACUGAUGACUUUCACUCCAGCAUUGCCCAAUUCUGAUCGUCAUAAUUUAUCGUUUGUCAACUCGCUUUCCACAGUUUCAUACCACGAUACCCACUUGAACGAGGAAAUUGUGAGAAUUAGUCCUGAUUAUACUAUGCACCACUCUAGUUGCGCCUUGGCCUCUAGUUUUGCAUUGAUGGGGAAAUUGUUAGAUGACGAGCGAUUUUUGGACCAGGCUAAAGCGAUUGCCCGAGGCUGCGUCCACAUGUACAAACUGAUUGGUGUGAUGCCUGAAAGUGCACAUGUUGCCCACUGUGCAGAGCAACCGUGCGACUUCAAUAAUCCGAGCGACAAUUAUCAGAAGUCUAAGGUAGGCGAACAGCUUAUAACUCCAGGCGUUAAAGUUGAAAACAGCAAUGACCCCGGCAAAAAAAUAUCAGACAGUCCUACGAAAGUGUACGUUCACGAAGAAGAACAGAGGGUGGAUCCUAUACAAUCCUCAGCUUCUUGGGAUGUUGGAAACAAUUUGCCGAAAUAUAUCGAUGGAGCAAAUCCAAGAUAUGAUCUAUUUCCUGAAGUCAUCGAGUCCUUGUUCUACCUCUACCGUAUUACAGGAGACGAGAGUUGGCGUCAGCUGGGCCAGGAUCUGUGGAUUUUGACGCUUGAAGCAGUCGACCAACCAUCCGCCAAGGGCGUUGGUAAGGUUUCCGCACUCGAAAAUGUGUUCACGGGGGAAAGACUUGAUUUAUUACCUUCAGAUUGGUUUUCGAGACAUUUGAAGUUCUACUACCUUCUAUUCCAGGACCCUCAAGAGUAUGCACUUGACGACUACAUCUUUACGAAUGGUGGUCACUUGCUCAAGAAACCACCAGUGGCACCACAGGCAGAAGUGAGUGAUAAACAUGGGAAUGCCUUGGCAUCGCUGAUCGAACAUUUGAAUGUAAGAGUGUCGUAA